AGGUCAAAGCGGAAGUUUCUGCGAUGCUAACCUUAACCCAUCCAAACAUCAUGCCUGUUAUUGGCUUUAAUUUGGAACAUGGUAUUAUUCUCACUGAAUAUAUGAGAAAAGGAAGUUUGUAUAACGUGUGCACUGAGAUGCAAAGUACAAGUCAACUGCUUAAAUAUAUUUUUGAUGUAACUAACGGACUUAAAUACAUCCAUGGUAAAAAAUACAUUCACAGAGAUUUGGACACUACAAAUGUGUUUGUUGAUAACCAUAAUAACUGUAGGAUUGGAGAUUUGGAAAAUGCUGUUUUUAUAGGAAAUUCACAAAAUUAUAUUCAGAAAGGGAAAUUUGUACAGAGUUAUCAUUACCCAAAGGAAGCUUUCAAUAACCAAAUAUUUUCGUAUGCAAGCGACAUUUACAGCCUGGCAUAUUUGGUGAUGGAGGUUUUGUUGUCUCCUAGAGUCAAAGCAUCUGCAAAAAAAAAAUAUUAUGUUUCUGAGCUUAAGAAGAUUUCUAAUUCAGAAAGAUGUCCAGACAACUUAUACCAGAUUGUUAUGAAAGCAUUAUUACCCAAUCCCCAAGAAAGGCCAAUCAUAGAAGAUUUUCAUAAUGUGGUUGAAUCAUUGUUGAAUGAUUAAUUAAUUUCUUCUUUCUUUUAAAAAGACGAAUCAUAUUUAUGUUCACUUUUAUUAGCGUAACAUGCAUUUUUGUUCAUACAUUACG